CUCCCAGACCUGCGCUCAGACAAUGGAUCUCCAGAUCCGCUAAGUUCCAGCUGUGGCUCAAUGUGAUCGCUUCCCCCAGAGGGACCAGUAGCCUGCUGGGCAAGGGGGGUGAUGCCAGUACAUAGCAAUGGAUCCCGAGCAGCCGGCCUCUCACUCCCCGCCUUCUUCUGUGCUGUGCUCGGUGCUUGCGGUGAAAAGUCAGAGCUAUGAAGUGACUCUGGACCCCGGUCAGCUGGUGCUGUCCUGGAGAGAAGUGAGGCCCCGGAGAGACAGGAGCCGCGGUGGAGCUGGUGGAAGCCGGACUGGGGCGUGCUUGGCGAGGGUGUUUCACAGAGCAAGAGGGUUAUCAGGCACUUUAACAGGGAAGUCAUCAUCAGGUGCUCAUGCUGUCCCAGUGUCUGAGAUUGUUUCAGUGGAGGAAGCAGAGAUUAAUGAGAAGAAUGACCCCAGUAUAAAAUGGCAGCACAUGUGCAAACCUCAUGCAUUUACAGUGCAUUACAUGCAAAGAGCGAAGAACCACCGCUGGCGGUGCAAGUCAGUGACGUUUUGGUGCAGUGACGAAGUUCUCUGCUGUUACUGGUUACAAGCACUAACUGAUCUACUAGAUCAGCAAACUUGUAGACCAAAGCACUUACUAGUUUAUAUUAAUCCUUAUGGUGGGAAGAAGAAAGGAAAACAAAUAUACGAAAAUAAAGUGGCUCCAUUGUUCAGCAUUGCGGCAAUCUCCACUGAUGUCAUAGUCACAGAAUAUGCAAACCAUGCUAGAGAUAAUCUGUAUGAAACCAAUCUUGACAAGUAUGACGGCAUUGUUUGUGUCGGCGGUGAUGGGAUGUUCAGUGAAGUGUUGCACGGCCUCAUUGGCCGAGUUCAGAAGGAUUCUAAUGUCGAUCAACACAAUCCAAAAGCACAGCUAGCACACUGCAAUAUCAGGAUUGGCAUUAUUCCUGCUGGUUCUACAGACUGUGUGUGCUUUGCUACUGUAGGUGUAAAUGACCCAGUUACAUCUGCUCUUCACAUAAUACUAGGAGACUCUCAGCCAUUGGAUGUUUGUUCUAUACACCACAAGAACAUGUUUCUGAAAUACUCAGUCUCAUUGGUUGGAUACGGUUUCUAUGGGGACGUGCUAAAAGGCAGCGAAAAGAAUCGCUGGAUGGGCCCUGCCAGAUAUGACUUUUCAGGUUUUAAGACAUUUUUGGCUCAUCAUUAUUAUGAAGGGACUGUUACUUUCCAACCAGCAAAGUGUUGUUUGAGUUCUCCAAGGGAUCAAAUCUGCUGCAGGUCUGGGUGCUACAUUUGCAGGCAAAGUAGCAACUAUCUGGAAUCGAAGCAGAGAGAACAGUCGUGUGGAUUGCAACAGAAAGAGCAAGAGGAGGACUGGACAAUAAUCAAAGGAAAGUUCAUGGCAAUUAAUGCAGCCAAUAUCAGCUGUGCAUGUCCUCGAAGCCCAAAAGGCCUCUCACCAGCAGCUCAUUUAGCCGAUGGAACUGCCGAUCUCAUUUUAGUUCGAAAAUGCUCAAGGCUAAAUUUUCUUAGGCACCUUAUCCGGCACACAAGCAAUGAUGAUCAGUUUGACUUUGGUUUUGUUGAUGUCCAUCGUGUAACAAAUUUCCAGUUUACUCCAAAACAUUUUGAAGAUGAAGACACUGAGAGUACAGAUAUAGGAAAUCUAGGGAAAAAGAAUUUCCCUCAGAUCUGCACUGAUCAUCCAUCCUGUGGAUGUAACCGAGCAAAUAGUAUCUGGAAUUGUGAUGGAGAAAUGUUGGAUCAAACUUCUAUUGAAGUGAGUGUUCACAGUCAAUUGAUAAAACUUUUUGCACGUGGAAUUGAAAGCUCAAAGUGUGAAGAAAAUAACUUAAGCAGUAUGUUGUAGAUAUUUUUCUGAAGGCUUUGACUUAUAGUUGUGUAAAUUCUUAUUUAUUUAACAAUUAGGUGUUAUUUUUGAAAAACUGUGUAAUUUGUUAACAUAAAAAAAAUCAGUAAUGUUAUUUUAUUUUGAUGUUGACGUAAUUUAUAGUGAUUUCUUUUUAGAACUUCAAUUUUCGUGUUGUAGUUGUCUUAGAGAAUUCCAUACUUUGAUAAUUUUAGGCUUAGCAAUCUGCAGUGGUUUUCAGAUAGAUCAGCAUUACCAAUCUCAAAAUUAAAAUGUAAUAAUUUUUAUUAAUUAUUUCAAGUAAUGAAAUGUUUGAAAUUGUUCAUCUUAAAAGAAGAAUCGGUGACUCAAAAUAGCGAGAGAAUAACAAGCUAAAAUGACUUGUUUAACAUAUAGAUUUCAUUAAAAUGUUUGCAAGGUCUAUGGAUUUCGAUGGCAAUUGACUCUAAAUAUUUUUUAAAUCGAUUUGCAAUGAGAGUUGGUCCAGGAGACCAAAUGAAGCACUAUGUUGAUCAUAGUUCACAGUUGAAAGUCCAUACAGCAACAUAAAAAAAAAAAAACAAGAGAGAGGUACUAUUUAAGAAAUAGUGAAAAUAUUUGUGUGCUAAACAGUAUGGCAAGAAAGACAUUGUUUGCAAAAUACAAGUCUGAUGACCUAAAUAAGGCAAUAUGUAUUCCUUGUGAUAUCAUUCAACACAUCUAACCCCAUGAUUAAACUCAUUUAACAAGUUUUGCCUUACGUGGCUAAUUAACUUUUUUGCAUACCUUUAAUAAUAAGAAAUGAAUUAUUAACACCAAAUCAAGUUAGCGUAUGCUGUGUAUGUUUUACGGCUAAUGGGUUCUUAAGUGAUAAAUUUAGUUUUAUAAUUAUUUUUUCAUUCUCAUGCAACCUAGCAAUGCAAUUAAGUGAACAUUCCUGCUAUUUUUAAAUCAUGAAAAUAAAUAUUUUAGUACACAAA